CGUCCCUUCCUGUUUUAAAUAGCCCAAAUUUUUAAACCCACUUUCAUCCCAAUUCUCACUCCCAAAAGAAAAAUUCAUCCCUAAUCUACUUGGCGAUUUCAAUCUCUCCCUCUCUGACCUCUGUAGAUCAUCCAAAUCGUUAAACCCUUGAUCAUCCUAAUUCUUAAUGGGUGAUGGAGAGACUCAAACAGAUGAAUUCUUCAGUCAGAUUGAAACCCUGUUCGAAAACAUUCCCAACGAUGUAAGUCUCUUUAUGGAUGAUCUACCCAUCGUCAGUGAGCCAUCGGUUAACGAUUCAGUUCAAGAGAACUCGAAUCCUUCCCCGGAUAGUGUUUCAUCAUGGAUGGACGAGCUUGAGGAGUUGCUGAUGAAGGACGAUACGGAGUCCUGCGUUAACCCGGAGGAAUUUUGUCAGGAUUUCUUCUCUGAUGUUCUCGAUGCCUCUCCUGAUCAAUCUUGUGAAGCACGGGUUUCCGACGAGGACACUUCAACUCCGGAAGCCAAUAUCUCCGAUGAUAACGAGGAGAAUGACAAGUUUGAUGAUUCUGUGGGGAAGGAAGGAGAAGGGGACGAUCCGAUGAGCAAGAAACGCAAAAGGCAACUGAGAAAUAAAGAUGCCGCCUUGAGAUCAAGAGAGAGGAAAAAGAUUUAUGUAAGAGAUCUUGAAUUGAAAAGCAAAUACCUUGAAGGAGAGUGCAGGAGACUGGGUCGCUUGCUUCAAUGCUAUAUUGCAGAGAAUCAAGCUCUCCACGUUAGCUUGCAGAGCAAGGUUUCUGGUGCCAUGACCAAGCAGGAGUCUGCCGUACUCUUGUUGGAAUCCCUGCUGUUGGGUUCCCUGCUUUGGUUCCUGUGCAUCAUUUGCCUGUUCACUCUGCCCGCACUGCCGCACUUGAAUCUGGGAGAUCCCGUUCCAAAAGACGAAGGCAGGAGCAAUCAGAUGCAGGAAAGCGUGCUCCUAAGAGCAGCAGGAAAUGAGAGAUUAGAUUUACGAAUGUCGCGACUCUUCCUUAAGAGUAGAAGAUGGAAAGCCACAAGGACGAAGAUGAAGGCGGACCCAGAAUCCCAUGCCGUUUUGGUGCGAAUGAUUUGUUGAUUCCUUUACAACCCCCCACCCCCCCUUUUUUACAUCUUUUCUUCUGUUCUUUUGUCUUUUUCUCUGCCUUGAGUCCUUUCUUCCUCUCUUCCCCCAUUUCUCUGUUUCUUUUUUUUUUGGUAGGGAACUAGUGGAGCAUGGAGAUUGGAGAAUUCAAGCUUUGUAGCAUUGGGUUCUCCAUUAAUAAUGGUAGUUGUAGAUUCUUCUGCUAAGUUAUUUGCUUUGUGCUUAAAACUGGUUGCGUAGUUUCCUUACAUAUGGGUUGUUCUUUGUUGCA